CAGGUGCACACAUCUUGACUGACUCAGCAGCAAGGUGGAUUUCCUUUGUGUUUAAAGAAAAAAAUGUCCCCUUGUCUGUAGAGAUGAUUUGCAGUUCAGCCCGGCUGAAGCUGACCGAAUGAGACUAUGGGCUGUGCCUCCGCCAAGCAUGUUGCCACUGUUCAAAAUGAAGAAGAAGCCCAGAAAGGCAAGAACUACCAGAAUGGAGAUGUGUUUGGCGAUGAGUAUAGGAUCAAACCAGUGGAAGAGGUCAAAUACAUGAAAAAUGGGGCAGAAGAAGAGCAGAAAAUAGCAGCCAGGAACCAAGAAAACUUGGAAAAAAGUGCCAGCUCAAAUGUAAGACUUAAAACUAAUAAAGAGAUUCCGGGAUUAGUUCAUCAACCCAGAGCAAACAUGCACAUCUCUGAAAGCCAACAAGAAUUCUUCAGAAUGCUGGAUGAAAAAAUUGAAAAGGGUCGGGAUUACUGUUCGGAAGAAGAGGAUAUCACAUAGCACCAAUUCUACCACUCACACCAGGAGCUACUGCUGUGUAAAUAGGUUCCACCCCAGUUGAAAUCUUUGCAAGGGUCGAUUCUAUUCAACGAACAGCACUAUAGCAAAAGAAGAUCGUUCCAUAUCGUACGCCCCAUAAAAUUACAGUGUUUCUUAAUGAACUUGCAAAGGAAUAUCGCUAAAAACAAACAAACAAACAAAAAAACUGUUAUCGAACUUUCUUUGUUGCUGCUAGUUAAAACUUGUUGCAACUUUUCACUUCUCUUGUGUCCAGGUAUGCAGCAAAAUUCUGCAAUUUCACCUUAAAGAUACUGUUGGUUUUCCAGAUGCUCUCCAACCGAUUUUCUAUAAGAUGAGGUAGUGGUGAACUCAGAUAUCAAAUUUCUCUUCUAGACCAGUUCUGCUUCUAAGAUAAGCAUCUCCUGCCCUCUCUCCUUCCUCCCCGUCUCUCCCAAGUGGUCCAGAGACGGACUGAGCCUUGCUUCUUGCUGGCAGUGUUGAGCUUUGGAGAUGGGAUGGUUGCUUUGGCAAGACUUGUUUCUCUGCUCAGAAGAAGCAGAGAAGCUAUUAGCAGUUAAAAGCAUGUUGUGACACGACUCCUGGAAGUGACGUAGGAGCGAGUGGCAGGUUGUUUCAUUUCAUAGGUAUCUUAAUCAACAUUGGCUUUGCUCAGACGCAGAUGGGAAGUGUGAUCACAAUCAUUUUGAAUCCCUCUUCCUCACUUUUUUUUCUAAGAAAAUAAACAUUUUACUGUUUUUAUGUAUCCUUGUCUUCUCCCAUUCAUCCAGCUCAGUGUUUUAAGAUGGUCUUGGGUGCGGAAGUUGUGCCCUCCUUCACAGUGAUGCUGAUCAUUGGCCUAAAGAGCUCCCUACCCUUUCUUGAAUGAUCUACCAAUCAUUAGCAAGGCUGUACGUGGUAAGAAGAGAAAAGGGGACAUCCCGCGACUUUUCCAGAGGGUCUGAAACCACCCUGUUCCCUCUCAUUUUGUUAGCAAACAAACUCUUUUAUUUGGUAACUCUGCCCCCUCCAGAAUGUUCCACAAGCCUUGCCACUUCUUUUCCUCUGACUUCCAGCACUGAAUCCACCAAAAGCAUUUGCCUACUCGAAAGCAUAGUCCAUGUACGCUGGUGAUAUUUGGAGACACGAAAGCCAAAAGCCCCAGCCAGGCAGUGGUGGGGAAUGUUGACUGAGUAAUCAGUAGAGUUUAUUUUUCCAUACUAUAUGAAGAGGAUGAUCUCCUCUCAAAGACAGAAGUAAUAUUUUUAACAAAUAUUAUCACAAGUAAAUAGCAAUCAAAAGGAGAAAAUAACUUUUGUAUUUUUUUAAUGUAUUUGAUAGCUUUGAUGAGGGUUCUCUGUUACUUUUGGGGGAGGGCACCCUAAAAAAAUGCCAUGCCGGCAGUCCAGGUUGGGUUUGUCCCACAAAAACGCAGGAGCAUUGUAUCUUUCUCUCUUGUUGGGGUUGUGAAUUGGAAGGGCCUUAGUAUUAGCCACACUGCCACCCUCAGAAGGUGGGUAGUUAAGAUGUUUCAUGCAAAUUUGUUCUUGCUGAGAAGAUGGACCUUGACUUUAACAUCUAUCCCCAUCACUGAUAGCAACAUUGAUGGGCUGAUGGUGAGAGUCCUUAUCUCCUUUUAGACCUGGGGCAGCAAAACCAAGGGGAAGGAAGCUUAGUCAAGUGCUAUGGAAAAUUGACUCAAAUAUUAGUAACAAAAUCCCUUAAUUCUUUCAGCCAACAGCAGCUAUUUUGGGGAGCAGCUGUGGUUGUUACAUAAAUAGAGAUGUGGCCAAAAUUUUAGGCUUUUUAUCCUGCUUCAGGCAGAAAAAUGCAGGGAGAGUCAAGUAGUCUAGGGUUUUAGGUUCCCUCCCUUUGUUUGGUGUUUGGCCAAGUGACUAAAAUAGUUUUCCACAACUGUAAACGAACCGCUAAGCUCCACCUCAAACUCAUUCACUGAGGACUUUGUUCACUGUUAUGUGGGUGACCUUUUCUGGGAUUUCUUGUUCUUAGCAAGCAAGAAGGAAGCAAAUGCCACAUGUCUUCCAUUUGAUUCUUCUACUUGGUGUCUCAGACAGUGUCUUCCCAGAAAAUCACCACCCUCGACCCUGAAGAUGAAAUAUGUUCAUAUCAUUAUUCUCACAGUCACAUUUAACAUGUUGACGCACUACACACGUGCAUAGAACCAAGUGUUUCUUGGGAACCUGACUUCAGAGUGUUUGAUAAAACCGGAAGUGUUGUUCCCAUGAACCAGCAGGUUUUCAUCUGGAGUUCUGUCUCCCAUGUUGAAUACCGGAUACAACUUUGAUGUGCAAAAGUGAUUUCAUCUUCAGACACAGUUGGUACAUCUAGAAAUAGAUCGGAGAAAUGGGGUGAUUGAGUGGGUUGGCGUGAAAUGCUUGAUUAUGUUAGCAACGCCUAACACUGUCUGUUUUCCAUUUGUUGGUUUUAAUCAUAAAAUUGUCAAGUGA